AUGCCAACCGUCCUUAUUGAACGUUCAAGUUUACCUACAGAAAUGCGUGAUGCAUUGAAAAAACAUGUUUUACGUGAAAGACAAAGAAAAAAAGAAGAAGCUGAUGCAAAUGAAGCCGAUAAACAAAGAAGACGUGAAGAAAAGGCAAAAGCAUUAUCAUCAUCAAAAGUUCAAUUAGAAGAUAAUGCAAAAGAUAUUCUUAAAUUAGAACGAACUAUAGCUGAUUUACAACAACAAAAAUGUGAACAGUAUAAUUUAUUAAAACGUGCAUUAACAGAAGAAGAUCGUCGAAAACAUUCUCAACAAACAGUAACAAAAGAACCAUCAUGGACAAGUCUUUACUCACCAAAUCUUCAAAUGGCACAAUAUGCUCAUCAUCCCCAACAUUAUUUAUCAGCUCAACCAUCUCAUCGUUUAUUAGCUUAUAAACCACCACCACCACAACCUUCUCAACCACAAUCAUUCAUUCCAACAACAAGUGCAACAAAUGUUGCUACAAAACGAUCACGUAGUCCAUCAUCAUCACAUAUUUAUUCAUCACCAUCAAGUAAAUCAUCACGAUCAUCACAUAUGUCACAAAUGCAUUCAAGACCAACAAGUCCUGGAUCAAGAUAUCCACCAUCAUCAUCACAAGUCAUUCGUAAUGGAGCUCCAGGACCAGCUGUUGGUUAUCCUUCACCACAAACUCAAUCAGCAUUUUCAGCUUAUCUCAAUUAUAUGACACCAUCAUCAGCUGCUGCUGCUGCAGCGGCGGCAGCAUCAGCUUCAUAUGCCAAUCAAAUGCCACGUGUACGUGGUCCAUCACAAAUGCCAAAUUAUUUGAAUCCAUUAUCAUUUUUACCUCAACCAAUAGUCGAUCCAAAUCAACAACAAGCAAAUGUUUAUUCUCAUCAUCAGAUGUUAAUGUCAUCAAAAAAUGGAUCAAUUAUGAAUGGAUAUCCAUUACAAUCUCAACAGUAA